GCGGCACGUGCUUUUGGCUCAAGCGGGCAGGAUACGAGCGAGUGGUGUGGCCGGUGGUAGCCGGGCGUAUGUAACAAGGUAGUGUUGCAGACACAUUGCAGCUGCCAGGAACCAUGGGUAUUGCGGGCAGAAUCCAGAAAACGAAGACUCGUAAGGGUAAGCGACAUAUAGAAGAUAGAGCACCAAAGCUCAUUGAAAAUGAAAAGAAGGUUCUCAUCUUGAAGGGCCACAAAACGAACAAUGUUCUGCAAGAAUGCCUAAAGGACAUCAACUCCUUAAAGCGGCCGCACGCGAUCUUCUUCAACCGGAAAAGAGAUCUGGUGCCGUUCGAAAACAUCACGCCCGUCGAGCAGCUCUCUGCGAAACUGGAUGCCGGCCUCUUCGUCAUCGGCUCCCACAGCAAGAAGCGGCCGCAGAACCUCAUCCUGGGUCGCAUGUUCGACCACCACCUGCUCGACAUGGUCGAGCUGGGCGUGCAAAGCGCCAAGUCGCUGCACGACUUCAAGAACGCCAAAGUGGCUGCCGGGACCAAGCCGUGCCUCCUGUUCGCCGGCGAGCGCUUCUCCAGCGACGACACGUACGUGCGGCUCAAGAGCCUGCUGAUCGACCUGUUUCGCGGCGAGCACGCGACGGCCGUGCGGCUCGGCGGCUUCGAGCACGCCCUGGCCUUCACGGCCACCGAGGCCGGCCUGCAUAUGCGCAGCUACCGCGUGGUGACGCAGCGCUCGGGCGGCCGCGUGCCCCGCGUGGAGCUCGAGGAGAUCGGGCCGUCGCUGGACCUGGUGGUGCGCCGCAGCCGACUCGCCUCCGACGACCUCUUCCGGCGCGCGCUCAAGCAGCCCAAGCAGCUGAAGGCGAAGAAGGUGAAGAACGUGUCGGACGGCAAGCUGGGUGCGCAGAUGGGACGCAUCCACAUGGAGCGGCAGGACCUGCGCAAGCUGACCACCAGGAAGCUGAAGGGACUGAAGCCCGGCAAGAAUGCGGCGGUGGAGGGAGGCGCCGGCGACGUGCAGAACCCGAUGGACGUGCAGGACGGCGAGGUGACCACCUGACGUCGCCAGCUCGGUGCUGAGCGAUACUGGACUUGUAGACGUGGAAUGCGUAUGCACCGUUUUUGUAUCGGAGCGGUGCCCUCGGUGUGAACUCAGUCGGGGCACGUGACGCGGGCGGAGUUCGACAGGUGGUGCGGACGUUUUGCUGCCGGCACUGGUAAUUCGUCGCUUCGUGGCUUGCGGCACGCCGUUUGGAAUGCCAUUGUUGGUAUCUUUAUGCAAAAUGCUGAGCAUUGUGUAAUUUCGUCAGAGAAAUGGUGGAAGGUUUGGGGUUUGGUUUUCAAUCGUCCUGUUAGCUGCGGUGCUCUCUCUCCAUGUGCCCAUGUCCAAACAUCAUACGCAUUUUUUUAUUUAAUCAACUGGCCGUAGCAAGCGUCCUGGUACGCGCGUCAUGUGCUCACGAAUAACGGCUGUGCUCUCAGAAUGACGCACCUUCACCAAGCCGCCUAAAACAGCUAAGUAUUUUGAAAUAUACAUGUCUGAAAUGU